AAAGAAAAUACGAAUACAUUGCAAUUACCGCCAAACUGCAAAAGUGUGUUUUAAAAAUACAACUGAACAGAUGGCGCCACUUUCAACUACUUAAGCAUAAACGAGAAGACGAUCUUUUGUUUUGCAACAGUUUCCAUGUGUUACGUUAUAAAUUUUUUCGUUUAGGUGCAUUAUUCAAAAAUAGCACAGGGUACGAUGACGUAAGAACGUAAAUUUCACAUCGUUUAAUUCAUGAUCACGUAUAAUUUCUUAAAAAUGGAAGUAAACUGAUUUGACCUUGACUUAAGUGGGCUUUAAACUAGCUUUUAAAAAAACAAUAGAAAGUGCGGUGCGUGAAAGCGAAUUUUUUCGUUUUGAUUGAAACUACUUGGUGCUCUCCGCGAAUAAACAAUUAUAAGAAAUGGUGAUGGUUCGGAAAUGGGUGCAUGUUUGUCAAUAGAGCGUGAAGAAGGUAAGGCUCGGAGAAGAAGCGAAGAAAUCGAUCGACAAUUGGGUGAAUUGGCCAAACAGCAGAAUCAUGUUAUCAAGAUACUUCUUUUGGGUGCUGGUGAAAGUGGGAAAAGUACCUUAGUGAAGCAAAUGAAAAUUAUUCACGCCGAUGGAUUUACCAGUACGGAACUUUGCAGUUUCCGACCGACAGUCUUGGAUAAUCUCCUAGCUUCGAUGAAAUAUGUCCUUGCCGGCAUGGGAUUGUUGCGAAUUAAUCUGGAAUAUUCCAGAAAUAAGACGCACGCGCAGGUGGUUUUACAAAGUCGUAGCUGCUUUGACAUGACCUUCACCGUACUUCCGAACGUUGCGGCAUCGCUGCAGGUGCUCUGGUCGGAUCGCGGCGUACGCCUAGCUGUCGCCCGAGGAUACGAGUAUGAGCUAAACGAUUCGGCUUUGUAUCUCUUCGAGAAUAUGGACCGAAUUUGCGACGCGAAGUACGUGCCGUCCCCAACCGACGUCCUACGAGCGCGAGUUCGCACGCAAGGGAUAAUCGAGACCCACUUCAGAAUCAAUGAUAUGGUUGUGAGUAUGUACGACGUCGGCGGACAAAGAUCGCAGAGGCGCAAGUGGAUUUACUGCUUUGAUGACGUGCGAGCGGUGCUAUUUGUUGUUUCUCUCAGUGGUUAUGACAUGACCCUACUCGAGGAUCCCAGCGUCAAUCGUCUCGAUGAAAGCCUCAAUUUAUUCGGCCAAAUCGUCAACAAUCCCUUUUUUCGGGACGCAUCCUUCGUCUUACUGCUAAACAAAUUCGAUCUGUUCAGGGAGAAAAUUUUAUAUUCCCAAAGACAUUUACGACUGUAUUUUCCCGACUAUAAAGGACCGGAUAAGGAUGUCGAUCGAGGCGCGUUAUUCAUACAGCACAAGUUUGUCUUACGCAAUAAGGAUUCAAGAAAGGUGCUCUAUCCGCAUUUCACCACCGCCACCGAUACCGCUAAUGUGCAGGUCGUUUUCCAGUCAAUAAUGGAAAUGGUGAUUUCUGAGAAUUUAGGUCAGGUUACUUUAUUGUGACGCACGUAGAUGGCGUUAGGGUUGCUUUGUAUUGUGUCCCAUCCCAAAAAUUCAUGGUGACCCCUGACUUUAACUGUACCCAUUUUUACGAAUCUUUAGAACUACAGUAGUGUAAGGUACAGGAUACGCGUCUUUUUUUAAUAGUGAUAGUCGCCCUCUUAACUCAUCCAUAACGUGAGAAUAAAUACAUCCCCCCUUAAUAACUGUAAACAUUUCCAAUUCACUCACUAUUCAUAUCAUUGGAGUUACCAUGAUAUAUUAAAAGAAAACAGUUGAUUUUCGAAGUUUAGAGUGCUCAGACUGAGAUUUUGCAUUUCAUCGUAACUGAUUAGGUUAUAAUUAAUGGGCAAAUGUGCUUUAAAACUGUGAUUAAGUAGCUUAAGAGAGCUUUGCUCGCAAAUAUUGAUAGAAGUUCUGCAGUCAACGACUGAAUUCGAUGAUUUCUUUUAUUUUGUUGUAUGAAUGAUUAUUUGUGAUUGUUAAUCUUGCCUUUGAGUAUGUCAAUUCUAUGCUAUCACUGCCUUAUUACAAAUUGUCAAGCUUGUUGCCAUUGUAUAUAUACGAAAUUUAGUGAUAAUAUUUAUGCUAGGAAUACUUUGCAGCUCUCUACCCAAUUUACUGUUGGCGCAAAUGUAGAGGCCUAAUUAAAAAUUACCAUUUAUUUCAAACUGGAACCAUUGUCUUUAGCUGUUAUAUCAACAAAACAAUGAAAUCAAUUUUAAAAGGCAUUAUUAUGUUAAUAUGGCAAAGACAGUUGCACACACAAAAAAAUGAUGGUUACAUUUAAACAACUAAAAAUUAAACACUUUGAUUUGAUAAAAAUUUACAUCAAAUACGAAUCUUUUGCGCCAACAGUAGUGUGCCGUACAACAAACGCGCAUCUCUGUGUAGUUUUGCCCAUUUGCAGAGCAACAAAAUGUAGAUAGACUGCUCCUAAUUUAGUGAUAAACGUACCUUACCUUCUAUUCGACCAAAUUAAAAUUGGAUCUCACUAAAAGUGUUCAUGAAAACACGCUAAGUAAAAUUUCACCAAAUUUGUUUACAAAAUUUAAAAAAAAACCGCAAAAAGUCUUAUGUGCAAGGUGAAUUGACUGUGAUAGUUAUUUGCAAUGUACAGGUAGCUAUGAGUUUAGAACUUUGUCGUUUUUUGUUUUCUAAUGUGCUCUUAGUAUAGUGUAGUGGUUGGAGGUGUAGUUUCUGGGUGUAAACAAAUUAUGGAAUAGGUACCAAGUUUGUACCUACUACAGACGCCAUUCGUUAGAUUUAAAGAUCUUAUUGCUCUAUAGAAUAUUUGUACUGGAGGUAUCACGUAUUGCAAUAGAUCUUAAAGAAGUAUAGUUCUGACCACUAGUGUAAUGUAAGUUGUUUACAAUAAAGUUCCUUCCACUUUU